AGUGUCGUGAUGCGUUUUUUGCGCUUAUCGAGAAAGCUUGCCCGGGAGGCAAAGUUGCAAACGAGUCGCUGCACCGCAAGCGAAUUUUCAUCGAAAUGGGAUACAAUAUCUUUGCGGAGUCCCUCAACAUCGGCGCAACUGGCUCGGAGCAUUGGAAAAAAGUGAAGAGUGUACUCAGUAAUCUGUCUUGGCUGGUCUAGACUAGUUCAUUUGGUGUAAGAAAGUAUCGCCGUGCUGGUAAAUUGUGCUCUUGUUCAUCAAUUGUCUUGAUGAAAAGUGCUUUCCUGUAACAGUUUUUGUCCUUUGGUUAUUUUUUCAACAAUGUAUGAAACUCAGGAAUUUGCACUCCGUCAGCAUGAAUUUGGGGAAAAGUUGGACUUAAGGCCUUGCUCUAUAGCCCAUCUUUAGAAGCAUUCUGGCAGUGCCGUCAAGCACGAUAUAGACCUCACCAGAAUGCUUUUCAAGGUGUACCGCCAUCACUUCUAAUAUAUGUGUCGUUCACUCAUCUGGCAGAGGCAAUGGCUAACACCUACUUUAUGGAGGGAACGUAGUGACAGUCUCUAUCAUUGAUAAUCAUGCUGUAGUUCAUCUACGACCAUUUUGCACAGGUAAAACAAGAAAAGGCCUCGUGCUUUAUUUCUUCCGUUAGUAGUAUCUGCACUUAGUCUGACGCAUUAUAUUUUUAUAUAUUAAUCUCUUCGCAUUUCACACCGUAUAUUAUAUAUUAUUCUCCUUUCAUUUUUUGUAACCACGACUUCGCCUUGAUAGCGAAAGGCCUACAGGGCCGCCUGAAAAGCGAUGUGCACGCCGAAGAGGAAGACGCCGUGCGUUUUUACCACCUAAACGUGGUGGGGAGCAAAAACUAAGACUAAAAGUAAUCCAUCCACCUUUCCAUCGUCUUGGUGUUAUUUACGAAAAGUUGCACCAAGAUGCUGGACGAAAUGGAUUUCUUCUACUUCGAAAAAAAUCUAUUUGCAAAGUAUACAGCAUGGAAACAACGAGAAACAGAAAAGCAGGCGGCAAAACUGCGACGCGAUUAUGAUGCUUUGUCUGUGACUUACACUUAGUAUCCUAACAUACGUGCGCCACGAUUUAAUCCAACUACUUACUCAUCUUUAUUUUAUCAGCGACGACGUCGUGUAGAGAGUAGAGUAGUGCUCUCCAAUUUUACAUUUCUAAUACUCAAUGGAGCUGCGACGAUUGGCCGAGGGUGGCCUGGGAGGUGGCGAAUCUAAUGGAUUCAAUGGAGAAGAGCAGCAAGCGGAUUACGAAGACUACGAGUAUGAGUACCCUACGCAUCAUUCGAUGAUGGUUGAAGGAUCUCACACAGUUAAGGCCCUCCUCGUCGCUAGUUCGUCUUUCUUGGGUAAGUCCGUCAUAAGCAUAUGGGAGCUGUACUAUUCGGGCUGAUCAGGAGACACCUCUCAACAAGGUCCUUAAUAGAGUUAAUCAAUAACAGUGGCCAUUUCUAAAACACCUCCCCCGAAAGCUGGAUCCUCCAGCCGCAAGACGCCUACAUCUUCCUCUUCUGCUUCUACUUCUCGAACAACUGAAGCGUCUUCAUCUUCCUCGUCGGUAACUCCGACUGCAAAAUUGCAGGCAGCGAUGGAUCGCAUCACGAAUGCCGCAAACAAGGGAAAAGAAGGAACCAAAGGUAAAGGACGUGGCAAAAAACAAGCAGCAGAUAAAGGAGCCAGCGGUCGUUCCCGUAGUGCGUCGCCUGUGAAAAACAAAACUACAACUACCGUUUCCGAAGAUAUGGAUCAGGACAAGAAGACGACCACUACCACAUCCAGUGGCAAAAUGCUGCCACCUGCUUUGCCGGCUACUGCUAAGGUGAAUCCUGCUCCUGCUGUUGCGAAUGAGCAGAAGACGACCGCAACCACUACUGCUAAGAUGAAUCGUGCUCCUGCUGUUGCGAGUAAGCGAAUGACGACCACAUCCACUGCCAAAAUGGGUGAUGCUCCUGCUGCUUCGACUACCACGACUUCGCCUGCCAAGCCCCUUCCUACCAAGAUCACGGACAAUGAGACGCUCCUUCCGUACUACAUUUUUCAUCUUGCUAUCUCUCGUUCUCUAUGUUGAUAUCGAUCCUUAAAGAGUAGCUCUUACUAAUAUCUUUCAGAAGCGUGACUUUCUCAUCGUGAUGGAAAUAGGAAUUAAUCAAAAAAUUAAUGAUCAUCUUCCAUUUUUUUGGUCUUCGCUAUCACAGGAAACUCAGCGAAGAACAUGGUCAGCAAGCUUCUGCUCUCAAGGCUGCUACGACCACUACGACGGAGACCACCGGCGCGAAGGGCUCUCGCGGUGGUAAAGCCGUGAGUCAAGCGGCAUCAACUGGCAAAGGUACAGCCAAGACUGCUACUGCGAAGCAAGGCAGCACCACGACGAUGAUCCCCAACACUGCUACUACCAAGGAUGUAACUGCCGCCGGUCGCAAAGCUUCGACCACUACUGCUACUACUACUACUACUACUAACACUGGCAACACGAAGGGCCAUGAAGACAAAGCUAUUCCGGCAGGCGCUCGCCUCAAGGAUUUGAAGCCGCCGACUCUCAAGCGAGGAGGAAGUGUGAUCCUGGGGCCGGAUUCGAAGCGGUAUCAUAAAAGACGCCCACUUGUAUUCCAAAACCAAAACUGUUGCUGUUGGUUGAUUGGGUCGCUGAGUGAUCGACGACUUAAGGUUUCCUGACUUUGGAGAAUAUUAGCCUGCAACUUUUUUUCACCCCGAGUUCUGCUAUCUAGAAUUGAUCCAAUUAUUUUACUUUCACUGAAUACCUUCAGAUCUCACGCAGAAGACGCCGCUGCUUGUGAAAUUGAUUUUUUUGCACAGUUUUGCAGUCCGGAAAAAGAUUCGUCUGCCAAGUUUUGUAUGCCGGGAAAAACGAAAGCUGACCUGCCUCAACAAGUCAGCGAAGGCCUCGCUGGUGAUUCUGACGAGUAUUAUUACCCUUACUAUUGACUAGAAGAUGAUCCGUUAGCAUCUUCAUAUCUGAAUUCUUUCCAUAGAUCCAUAUAUGUAGAUCAAAGUACAUGUUCACUCUACAAGUACUCCCUCUUCCAUAUGGCACAGGUUGGAUACCUCAGCUGCAGCUACGGACUUCUGUGGAGCUACGGACUUUAGCAGCGCCACCGAUGCCGGCAACCAUCAAGAGGGAAGCGGCAUGUCUCCGCAAAAAGCUACCCGCGCCGAUGUGCAGCCGCUUCCCAGUUCUAUCUUAUCUGGUUUACUGCAGGCGAAGCAUCCCAUUGCGACACUGCUGCAGGACAUGCUGCCGGUAAUAAGUCGCUACUUCUAUAAUCAAGAUGGAAAUACUCAGGCUAAUAAAGAGAUGCUCUACAAAAUUAAACGUGUGCUAGAAAAUAUAAAUAGUCAUAUCCCAGCUAGCUUUCUAGUUGUGGCAGCUAUGGUUUAUUGCCAAGACUUAUAUCAAUGAAUAACGAACCCCUUUGCUCUGCAGGCUCUUAACGCAAUGGCUGCUUACGGCGAUCAGCUCUUGCGAGCCUAUCGACUCAUCACAGUGAAGCACUUUGAAGACGAGGCUUUGCCGAAUCAGUACGAAAUCGAUUUAGUGGACUUUGAAACUGCGUGCAUCAUGUGCCGCAUUUGCGGCUCCGACGUCCCUAAAGUCUGUAGCGAGGAGACUUCGCAACUGCGCCAGAUUCUUCUGAAUUCUUAAGGCUGCUCUUGUUUCACUUCGUCGCUUCUACACGUUUGGCCACACACUGAUAGCAUGGCAUAUGAUUUUCUCGAGUCGCGUAUUCCGUGUGACAGUAGGGUGCGUAGUCUUAUAAUCCAAAGUCAUGAACUUACUGUAGCAGCCUCUAACAACAGGAAACGGACGCUGCUGAUAUCUGGUCGCACAAAGAAGAAAAUCUUGGAGAUCUGCUAGACGGCUUCCUGAGCCACUACCUUGACGUCCGGGACCUCUUGCCGUCCAAAGUGAGGGCUCGAAUGGAUGUUUUUUUAUGGAUAGAUGGCUGAUUUCUAGAGUGCGUUGCCUCUAGUGGAAGUCUCUUAUUUUUCGACGAGAAAGAUUCUUGGACUUCGAGCUUUAUACUAGUUCGAUCGAUGAAUUGGGUAUCAAUAUCAAAACUGGCGCAGCAUUAGGUCCUGUAGCGAAUCUUAGUCCUGGAGUGCGUAUCUUGAUUCUAAUGAGGCGCGCGACCACCUCAACGGAUAUGCAGACUGCCAGGGCACAAAAAGGAAUUGAAAAAGGGCCGGCGUUGCAUUUUUUCCUGGUCUCCAACAAAUCCACAUCGAACUUAAAGUUACGCGUUGUUCACUAAGCAUGCUUAGCCAUGGGUCUAUAGGUUACUUAGGAUAGACGUCAGAGUCAGCGUUUAGGGUAAGCGUCUUCAGGGUUAAGGCCUAUUAUCUCUAUCUGUUAUCGAGAGUCUGCCCCCCCCGAGGUAGCCCCUAGCGCCUUUUUCUAAUCGAGGAGCUCAGUCCGCUUUUAACGGAAAAAGCUGUGGUCGAACGGAUGGGAGACAUCAUGGACAAGGGGGCGAACUAUGUAAUUUUGUAUUCGAUAGCGUGACGCUUAAGCUUAUGCUUCUUUUCUGUAUACUUUAAACAUAGUUGACUAAUAUGGCAACAAACUUUUUUCAGUGAAGUGCUUGUAAUCCUUUCUGCGUUUCCACGCUUUUUUCUCGUUUAGAAGAUUCUUAUACCAAUGAUUCCAAUAUCUCCAGGUUCCCAAGCUGGACAUGCUGCUGGAUAUCACGUGGGAGACCUUUCGCAGAGACAUCGACUAUCUGAGACACGCGAUCUCAACUCAGAACACAAUCAACACUGGCCAGGCGGGAGCGAAGCUGUUGUUUGUCAAUGAUUGCUGUGCAGCUGCGGCGGCAGUUUUGAGAUUUCUUGGCGCUUACCGAUCGACGAAAAGUGAUCAAGUGGCGAGAAAGGAUAUCGUUGACAAGGUACUAGGCUAGCUCUCUAUCGCAUACCGUCACAGAUAGAUCUGCAGGCUCUUGAGACUACCCAUUCUCAAUCUUAUUGGUGACAUCGUCUCUUCUCAUAGAGCAGCAUGCCCAUUCGCGCACUUUCUCAUAGACUUCUGCGAAUCGCCUGUGCGGUGGUCUCAUUUCGCUCAGAGACGAAGCAACGAUGGAAAAAUCUGUGCAACAAGACAUCAAUGUGCAGGGGAUGUUCGGGAAGCUCAAUAAUCUUUGCGCCGUUGUUUGGAGAAAAAUUAUGGAUCAUCGUUCGUAUCAGUAUCACCCGUCUCAUCUAUCUCGUAUCUUCUCAGUGAGGAGGAGCAUUACCUCCGCUGUAAACGUUUCUAAUUUGAUCUUGGUGCCGGUUUUUAUCGAAAAACUUGAUAAAGACGUGUUUGAGGAGGCUCCGAACCGGGUUAGUGCAGAGCUCCUGGUAACGUCCCACAGAAUGGCUGAAUUUGUUAAGGCUCGCGAUCAUUCAUCUUAACAGCAUCUUCACCCCGUUCUUUAAUCGGAAAAGGCGGCGAAGAUGCACUUGGAGAUGAUUACGCGCGAGGUCUAAAGUCACGCUCAUGGACAAGGCCUUGGGAUUGCAGCUAGUAUUGAAUUAUGGCGACACUUAGUGCAAUGUGUUUCAUCUACUCAAUAGCAAAAGCUUACUUUAUAGGUGGCUGCGGGGAUUAGUAGCUGUAGCUGGAUCAUGGGAUACUUCUAUGUAGGCUUUAGGCCGGCUGAAUAUUACUACUCCUACUACUUCUCCUACAACUAGUCCUGCUAGUUCCUCUAACAGCUUGAAGUUAACCUUUUUUAUGCCCGAGGCGAUGCAGUUGCCGAAGAGCAAGCUGGGGACUGCGAUUUCAUGUCCGACGAUGGAGCUGGUGAAAUCAAUGAAGACAUGCUGAAUGUCGAGGAAGGCGACUUGCUUGACGCUAUGGAUGAUCUUGAGGAGCAAAUGCAAGACAUCGACUGCUGAGCGGUAGUGCAUUAAUAUUCUACAGAUUCUCUAUUGGUUUUGCUUUUCUUUGAUGAGUUUGAAAAUGACUGCUGAUAGGUUUUAUUUGAUUUUUCCAGGUCGUUGUUCUUGUCUUCCUCAGAAUCAUCCGCUCAAGGAAGUUGAUAACCGAAGGACUGCGAACUCCUGACUUUCUUAAUUGCAAGGCUCUUCCAUUCUACUGAUAUGAUGAAAAAAGUGCUGAGUCCUAGAAAGCUGUGAUGAACAUAAACAACGAACGUGUGGCAUACAUCUAGAACAAGCGAAUAAUGCUCAUCCAAUUAUUUACGGAACUACUUUGAGUGCACUAGAUUUACUUUCCACUAGAGCUGCUCGCUUUUAUGUUUAUAGUCGUGCUCGUUAUCAUUUCGUUACUUUUAGCACUAUGAGCGGCCUCGUCUGAACUUAUUCGAUUUUAGUUGUUUGAUGAAGAAAGUGGUCCUUGUUGUUCGUAAUCGUAUUGAGAUAGUACUACCGUAAGCCUUUUCUUAGACUACUUAUAUGCAUAUUUGAGAACGCCGCUCCUGAGAUGCGUCUCACCUAUUAUUUAUUUCAUACUAAAAGGACCAAAAUAAUGAAAGCGGUUUACUUUGAAUUAUUUGACGUAGUAGCUGAUGGCGAUGCUUUGCUACACAGUAGCAAUUAUGUUCCUUGCGGUUUUCGAAUUAUUAUCGUGUCUCUCACCAUGCUAGACCUUCGAGCUCUAUUUCGUUUGAAAUCUAUGAGGUAUUGCCUGAAGCACAUUCGUUGCGUUUUCUGUUCUUAUAAGUUCGUACUAAGCCUUGAAUGUUGGCAAUGGAUAUAGUAUCUCACUGGACAACAGAACUCACCGCCUUCGCCCUCUCACAAAAAUGAUAAGAUUAAAAACACAUUACAACUCACCUUUUCGGAUGUAUUUCUUAUGAUCUUACUGCAAGGUACUCCAGUUUGAAAGAGCUGCUGUCUUGGUUGGUGUUUUGAACGAGUGAUGGAAGACCAAGAGUAACAGACUUUGAGGCGAAGUUUUACCGCGAGGAUUCGAAUCUGAGAACUUGGCUGCCGAGAAUGAGCACGUUGAGAAUUGAACUGAGUCAUAUCAUUUUUAUCGACGAAGAGAAACGACAGACUAUAAGAGUAUCAUCGUUUGCUGUGCAACAAUAUAGAAAAAAAAAUCUGGCUACAACUCAGAUCUGGAAUUCAAAUUGAUGGAGGGAAAGUUUUAAUUGAGCUGCCGGCUUAUCAGUUUCGUUAUGAGCAUUGUGCUUGCUCGUCCAAGUUAUAACGUACUAGAUCGGUAAUUUCGCUCGUCCACGUUUCUAGUCGUGAUCUCUCGAAUUAUAUUCAACUACAGUGGUUCUUGAUCAUCUCAACGAGCUUCCCUCAGCCCUUUUUUUUUACCUUUCAAUAUUGGACUGCUGUUGAUCUUCUUUCUACCUAAGUUAUCGGAAUUGUUCUUCAUCAUCGUCUUGCUGUUGUAGUACAUGAGUAUAGUUCUUUUCGAUCUGUUCUCUUUGCUGUUCUUUUUGUUCUCCAUGUAGUUCUUGAUCUUCCUUCCGAAUACGAAUGAUUCAAGUUCCCAGUUUGUCUCCACUGCUGCUAAUCACCGCAACAGACACGACCAAAAACUUUCGCAGGAGAGGGAAUACAUUUUGAACUGCAACGACAAGCCAAAGGUCAUGACUUCAAUCACCAUGACACCCCAGCGCUACACAAAUGAUGAACCUUAGAGCAGGAACUUCACCGAAAAACUAUGACCCUGCUAGUUCUUACUUUCGUAGAAAAAAUGAAGCACUAUCACUUGGGAGGUAUUUGUGUCCCGCUCUCUUGCUGGUGACAUGUUUUGUCCGAUGGAGUUCCCUUCGCAGAGAUGAUAGACCUGAGGGGCUUACGUGGGUCCUGCUCAGAUGACGUUGAUGAAGUGAUAAAUUCUGCAUGUUCUAUAC